AUGGCUUUGUGUUCACAAGCAAUUUCUGCUACCGCUACCAAACGUGGUUGCCAAUCCUUGAGUAAUAUCUAUUCCACACCAAAUAAGAGAAUUUGCUUAACUAACGGUAAAGUUCCUGCUAUUGGUGGUAUUGGUUUUAAAGAUUUUUACUAUUCAUCCUCUUCUGAAGAAGAUGAUUCCGAAGAUGAAGAACAUGCUUCAUUUGAAUCAAUUCAAAUGAGAAAAAAACUCAUUCCUCGUAGAUCUAGUGUUGCCCUUGCAAUCACUGGAUCAGAAACGGAAAUUGAAAACUUUGACUGUCAACAAAUCAGUCAAGAUGAAGGUGCUGAUCAAAACAAUAACAAUGCUGUUCCUAUUGCUGAUACUAAAGCUAGAGCUAGAUGCUUUGAAUACUUAAUUGGUGCUAUUGACGAAGCAUGGGCAAGAUACUGUGAUGCUGCCGCUUCUGUCGAAGAUGAUGUCUAUGGUUACAGCACAAACUCAAGAAAUGUUGCUGUUUCUGAUGACGAAGAAGAUGAUGAUGCUAGUGUUGAUGAUGAUACUUUUGACAAUAGCACAGACAUCACUGACUAUUCCGACUUUCCAAGUCACCACCACCUCUCCUCCACCAGUCCUAUCAAACCACAACCACAAGCACAACAACAACAAAAUCAAUCAUCAAAUCAAUUGCAAGAUUUGAAAGUACGCUUAACUAAAGCAAAGUACUAUUUACAAGAGUUGGUUGACUCAAACGAUUAUAGAGAAAUUGAAUUAUUUUGGAAACGUUGGGAUAUGAUUAAAUAUUCAACAAUUGAAUUGGUUGAAGAUGAUGAUGACGAUGAAAUCAUUGAAUCCACAAUUGAAGAAUUAGAAAACGGACGUUUAUUCUUGUAA